AUGACUAAAUUACUAAAGACAUUAAAAGCCCACUCAGAUAAAGUGUGGAGCGUUUCUUCCCAUGAUAAGUUGCCUCUUUUAGCCACUGCAUCUAGUGAUAAGACUAGUAAAAUUUAUCAGCUAUCCUUGGAGCACAAUUUCCCGCUCAUAGGGGUAUUGGAGGAGACCCACAAGCGGUCUGUGCGUAGCGUCGCCUUUAAACCACAAUUACAAUCAUCCGAAAAUGAAUUUAUCGACUUGCCAGCACUCUCUGCUGGGUCAUUUGACUCAACGAUAUCUAUAUGGGGCAUUGAUGAACCCGAAGACUUAUUAGAGAAUGAGCAAUCAGACGAAGAAGACGGGGAAGAGUCCAGAUUGAAGAGAGAAGUGGAUAUGUUAAUAAGUCCAAAAAAUGAAUGGAAUUUAAUGGCUUUGAUCGAAGGCCACGAAAACGAAAUCAAAGCAGUGGCGUGGAACCGGUCAGGAAACUACUUGGCAUCAUGCUCUAGAGACAAAACAAUCUGGAUUUGGGAGACAGAUCCCGAGACGCUCGAAGAAUUCGAGUGCAUAUCUGUUUUAAGUGAUCACGAGCAUGACAUAAAACAUAUUGUAUGGCACCCAAAAUACAAUAUCUUGGCCAGUUCGUCUUACGACGAUACCGUGAGAUUGUACCAACAGGACGCCGAUGAUGAAGAUUGGUCCUGUGUCGGAAUUCUCAGUGGGCACGAGGGAACUGUUUGGUGUUCUCAGUUUGAAAACCCUUCCAGUCCCACCGCUUCAAAGGACAAAAUCAGACUUGCUUCUUCAUCUGAUGAUUCAACAGUGAGAGUGUGGACAUGUGACAAACCAGGCGAUUCCUCUCGCGAAAAUUCCGACCUUCCAAGCUCCAUAAAGCAUGAGUCGGAUGAAAUGCACUGGCUGUUAGAGCAAGUGCUUCCACAAGCUCACAAAUAUGCUAUUUACUCUGUCUCUUGGUCAGCCAAAAGCGGAAGAAUUGCCUCUGCAGGAGCCGAUGGUCAGAUUGUCAUUUACAAAGAGAGCAACGGCGAAUGGGAGAUUGAGAGUUCAAUAAAAUCUGCCCAUGGGGUAUACGAGAUAAACUGCGUUUCAUGGUGCAACUUAAGCAAUGGAGCGGAGGUUUUGGUGUCCGCAGGCGAUGAUGGAAAUAUCAAUAUUUGGGAGGCUUGA